UAAUUUUAAAAGAUAAACAAAUUUAAGGAAAAAUCAUUUUUAUACAACUCUAAGUCCAUCACCAAUGUCUAAAUCACCACAAAAACAUAGUGAAAAUGAUGAUGAUUCGAACAAAUUUUUAUUGGGUGUAGUGGAAGGAUUCUAUGGCAGGCCAUUUACAUCUGAACAGCGAAAAGAAUUAUUUAAGAAAUUAAAACGAUUUGGGCUGCAGUUGUUCGUUUAUGCACCAAAGGAUGACUGCAAGCAUCGAGCAAUGUGGCGAGAACUUUACACGGUGGAAGAAGGUGAGCAUUUACAGGGGCUGAUAAAUGCAGCGAAAUCAUCAGGAAUCGACUUUUACUAUGCACUUUCACCUGGAUUGGAUAUCACUUACUCGUCACUAAAGGAUACUUCCAGCCUGAAGCGUAAACUAGAUCAAGUAUCACAGUUUGGAUGUCAAAAAUUCGCACUUCUAUUCGACGACAUAGACUCGGAAAUGACAAAGCCAGACAAAGAAAUGUUUCAGAGUUUCGCACAUGCUCAAGUGUCAAUCUCUAACGAUAUCUACAAUCAUCUUGCGACGAAAAUCAAUUGUUUAAAUUUUCUAUUUUGUCCAACACAAUAUUGUUCGUCACGUGCGAUUCCAACUGUUACGGAAUCGGAGUAUCUUAACACAAUCGGACAGAAAUUGCUGCCAACAAUCGAUGUCUUAUGGACAGGAUCAAAAGUAAUUAGUAAAGUUAUCACAGUUAAAGACAUUGAAGAGAUUACGGAAGUUUUAAAACGCAAACCUGUCAUUUGGGAUAACAUUCAUGCUAAUGACUAUGAUCAGAAGAGAGUCUUCCUUGGACCUUAUUCAGGACGAAAUUGCGAGUUGAUUCCAUUAUUACGGGGAGUCGUCACUAAUCCAAAUUGUGAGUUCCAUGCAAACACUGUGGCGAUUCAUACUCUAGCUCAGUGGAGUAGAUGUAAUUCUCAAGUUAACACGGAUUCCAUAUCAGACAUAAAAUUAGAAACAGAGAAUGAAGAUUGCGAUGAUAGCCCUCCAAAUUAUCUCUCAGAAAAUAUGUAUCAUCCAAGAGUUGCUCUUAAGAAUGCCAUUCGUGAUUGGCUUCCAGAUUUCUUCGAAGCAAAAAAGGCAUUCGGUCCAAUGUUAAAACCACAGCCUGGAAGUGCGUUGGCUCCAAUUAUUCCACCCAUAAUUCCAAAAAUUAACACAUGCAUGACACUGACAUUGACUACAACUAGUGCCACUAAUAUUGCACCAAUGCCAGAAGUUAACACAGCACAGCUUCAUGCUCUUGCUGAUAUUUGUUCCAAUGUCCAAACGGAGGCAUUAGCAAAAGUCAGCGUAAUGAAUUCUCUUGUCUCGGAAACAAAAGUAGUCACAACAGCCUCAAUUUCUGCUCCAAUUUCAUCAUCGAUAAUCAGCGAGACUAAUCUUGAAAUUCGAGACAAAAGUCCAAUUAAUGUUACUGUGGAUGUAAUGGAAGUAGAAAAGGCUUCAACUGAACCGUCUGAAACGGGAACCGAGGAAGCAAUGGAUUGUGGCACACCAAAACAUACAUUAUCAGACAGUUCCAGUAUUAAUUCAGAACCACAUCACAAAGAUGAAACGGAAGUGCCACAAAAUGUCAAUGGCAAUACUGCUGAAAAAUCACAAUUGUCAGACGACGUCGUUAUGACUGAAUCAGUCAACGAGCAAGAAACAAUGCAAGAGGAUUCAUUAUCCGAAGAAGAUAAAUGCGAUCCUAUAAAUUACGAUGAUAUAUUGCUCCUAUGUGAUUUAUUCUAUUUGCCGUUCGAACAUGGUAAGCAAGGCCUAAUGAUUCUUAAUGAGUUUCAAUGGCUAAAGACAAAUGCAUACGUAUUGAGUGGUAGCAAAAAUGGAUCAAAUCCGGAGAACACAGAAGUCCAAGAAUGGUUUGAACGCAGCAAAGAAUUUUUUAAACUAUGCGAAAUGGUUCUAACAUUAAUGAAGAAAAUUGCUCUAUGUGUUAAUCGUGAAUUAUGUUAUGAUUUAUAUACAUACUGCUGGGAGAUGGCUAAUGUCGUAUCAAUUUGUGACUCGUAUGUUCAAUGGCUUGCUCUUGGUCAUUUUCCGUCAAAUUCAAAUUCCUACAUUCAAGGAUCAUUCACGUGGUUCAGUAAAGGAUGGAAAGAAACUUUUAUGUCAGGUGAUCAAGAACCCUGGAUCUUUCGUGGUGGAUUAGUUGUUGAUAUUCAACGAUUGGUUCCAAUCGAUUCUGGAAAUGACUUAUUUAUCUACCGAUUACCCGAAACUCCAACAUUAAAUUUCUUCUCUGUUCGACCAUAUAAUAAUUUGGAUGAAUCCGAUAUUUAUAAAAUUUGUCAUAAAACAUGUCGCGAUGGAUCAGACUGCACUGACUUGUUUCCAUCAAAUUUACAACAGAUUGCAUCUGAUCGACUUGUUGCUCCAUUUAUUACACUCAAUCCUGAAUUUUGUAUGGUCGUUGAAAACAUGAAGAAAGAUAUUGUUGGAUAUGGCUUUGCAGCACCAAAUGCUAAGCAUUUCUAUCGUAGUCAAGAGACAUUGUGGCUUCCAAUAGCACGUGAAAAAUAUCCAUUAACAAUGCUGGAUUCUCCAGACAUAACACCAGCAGCAAAGGACGCAAUUAAUUGGUUCCAUAACUUUAAAUAUGAAUGUGCACCUAAUAUUCUAAUUCAGUAUCCAUCCAUUGUUCAUUGUUCGAUUUUAAAGGAACAGUCGCAUUUAGACUCGUCGAUAAGCAAAAGACUUAUGUGUGUUUUAUUAUCAUCAUUGAGAACAUCGGGAAGUAGUGGAUGUCAUGUAAUUUUAAAUAAAUCCGAUAAAUAUCUUGCAGAAGUUUACGGUAGACUUGGAUUCACAGAGAUUUAUCACGAGGAUACAAAACUAAUCUUGGGACGAAAUUUCUAGUAUUCUAUUUAAGAGCCUAAUCAAUUGAUUUUUACGAAACUUUUGACUUUAUGACGAUGAAGCUUGCAAUUAAGAAAUUAAUGAAUAAAAAAUCUUAUUCUGC